GACAAAUCAUCAAUGGCCAGGAACCUUUAGCAGACACACUCUACUGCUCCCACCCACACAAAUUUAGAGAAGUUAAAGGUUCCUUUUUCAUUUUACCAUCAAACAACCGGCCUGGCUUAUUUUAUUUAGCCAGACAGAGCUGAAGGCCUCCGAGAGAAGCUAAGGUCACAAGCUCAUGCUAUACAAUAAGAGAGGGAGACAUUUUUGGUUUUCGUUGAGUGAGAGGAAAUUUUGUAACAUUGUGCAAUGGUGCCGCAAAAGUUUUGAAAGGUUGUGAGAGCGUUUUGCCAGCAAAGCAUCUGAGAGUUCGUCCGUUGGAGAAGCGGUCUCCAUGUUGCAUCCAUACAGAAUGGAGAGCUACCUCAUCCCACCACACACAGAAGAAAUGUACGAGUCUGACAUCUACAGACAUCAAAUUGCAGAAUAUUAUAAUCCAUAUGUAAUAGAUGCAGAUAUCCAGGCAGAUCACUGGGAGUAUCACCCUCACCCCCACGUGCACCCUGUUGAGUUUGAAAACCUCCAAGAUAACAACUUCACAGAGCUGCAGAGUGUACAGGCUCUCCACCCGCCUGGCCUCAUACGACACGAACCCAUUCGAUACGAUGCAGAAAACUUGCUCGAUCCAAAUCUUGGUGCACAUUCACAUGUGUUGCAGCAACAAGUAACGUUUUACCCGAGGACUGUGUUCCCAGCCCAUGGAUCCCAGCGCAGCUCGGAUGAUGAAGAGCAUGGAGGACGAAGCCCCCCACUGGAGGUAUCUGACGAAGAAUGCUUGAGAGAUCGGGUCUCCUAUGUCACGCCAGUGGAGCUGGGUAAGGAGCAACAACGAAAUAAAAAGAAGAUCCGUCUGUACCAGUUCCUGUUGGACCUUUUAAGGAAUGGCGACAUGAAGGAAAGCAUCUGGUGGGUGGACAGGGACAAGGGGACAUUUCAGUUUUCUUCCAAACACAAGGAGGCUCUCGCACACCGCUGGGGCAUCCAGAAAGGAAACCGCAAAAAAAUGACCUAUCAGAAGAUGGCCCGUGCCUUGCGUAACUAUGGCAAAACUGGAGAAGUGAAAAAGAUCAAGAAGAAGCUGACGUAUCAGUUCAGUGAUGAGGUUCUGGGGAAGACUCAUCUGGAGAGAAAACCGUACAUUUAGAGAGAUUCAUUCCAGUAUAACUUUAGGUGCUUGAUACAACCUCCUGAUCUGACAAAUUGCAUUACGUUAAUCCAGUUGGACCAGUCCUCUGGAGAAAAUGAUGAAUGAGAGGAUUCAUCAGACUCCUAGCGUCCCCAAAAAGACUCCCCACAACCUGUGUGGGGACUAUUUAGAGACUGUCAUUAAAUAAUAACCUGAUUAAAUCGUCAGUGAAAUAGUCUCAAUUACUUCUGUGGCAAUAAAUUUAGGAGCAAACAAUCACACAUGAAAUGAAUAAGGGAUGAUAAUCUUAAAGACACAGGAGCCUCUUUUUAUAAUGCAAAAGAAUUCAGUGAUGUGCACGUUUAAAACAGCUACAUGCCAUCAUUAAAUAAAAAGCGGUGGCGCUCAGUAAACUCCUCUGUGUAGCUCACAUUUUGGUAUGUUUUCUUUUUCUUUACAUUUCAUGUGUAUUUUACUGUCAGUUCAUUGUUAAUUGGCUUUAUGAGGAUCUGACCUCAGAGGGAGAAUCCCACAACAACAGCACCUGUAAGCAUUUCAUUAAGAUGUAAGGUCAGGCAUUAUUAUGGGCAGCGUCCAGAGGAAAAUAUUAUUUUUCGAGUGGACAUGUUGUCAUUUGGCCUCUUGCUCUGUUGCGUCCCAUUGGGCCUCAUCUUUUAUCCUCUUUUGUUGACUUCUGUUUUAUUUGUACAUGCUUAAGUUCUCUUGUGGGUAAUUCUACUGUGUGUAUAGCAUUUUUACAUGCAACUGUGUAUUUAAAACAGCCUGGAGACUCAAAGAUGCCAUUAAGGAGAUUCUGAGCAUCCACUAUUAGAUAAUAUAUCGUGCCAUGUACAACAUUUACUUACAUCAUAAGAAAAAUAAUUGUACAAAUAAGAGAAAUUGUGCAACUAUGAAUUGCUUGUAAAAGAAAUAAAUGUGCAUCAGUACACAUGAAUGGUAACAUUUGUAAACAUCACUGG